AUGGCCCGUGGACAUGUGCAGUUGCAUGUGGACAAGUACUGCGAUUACAAGUUGAUGAAAUGUCCGGACUCGACCUGCGAGCAAAAGACGCGCAAGAAGAAUCUCAAGGCAGAAAAGUGUAUGCACAGUACGGUGAAAUGUGAAGCUUGCGAGGAGGAUGUCAUGGAGCAGGAUUUAGAGGAACACCAAGAUCAACAGUGUCCCAGCUUACGAACGACUUGUCCCGACUGUAGCGCAAUGGUGUUUCGUAGCGCGUUAGAGCAACAUAUCGAGACAUGUCCUGAAGCUAUUCAUCCAUGUCAGGCGUCAAAAUACGGAUGUCCUGCUAAGCUCAAGCGUUCGGAUUUGACAAUUCACGAACGAAGCUGUCCGUUGAUUACCAUGGGUCCAUAUCUAGAAGUACAAAACUCGCGCAUUGACUCGCUGGACAUGACGAUCCGACAAUUACGGCAGAGGAAUGAGAUUCUGGAGGAUGGAAUCGCCAACAUUCGCUCUACCUUAAUGGACAGUGCGCGAUUCAUGCCGGAAAGUCGAAAUCAACGUCACUUCUCCGGUGACGAAGUGUCUCAGGACCAGUCUCAGUCUGGAUACAGAGAAACUGAAGAUACUGACCGCUCAUCACAAUUAUCAUCCUCAACCGCAAUGACAUAUCUACUGUCUCUACAUGAAUCUCUACGCGAGGAAGUAUCUCAGCUUUCGCACGCAAUGACGGACCUUGACGCAAGAGCCAGUAUGGCAAUUCUUAACGAAAGCAUGCGCGUCAACGAAGACUUGGCUCAUACAAGCGCUGCAAUUAAUACCAUUCGGAUGCAAAUGCAUUGGCUAUUGAAUCCUCGACUGCAGCAAGGUCAUCGACUCGGAGCUACCGGAGCAGCAGGAGAUUCAAGCCCUGGUCCGAGUCGACCAGCACCUGGACCUGGCCCUGGACCUGGCCCUGGAUAUAGUGGUUUGACGCCACGGCGACUGAGUGAUGGUGGCCGCGAGGGGACGAAACUGUAG